AUGUCGAAAGAGGCUGCUGUCGUCACUAAUGGUGAUGUGGAGGCCCUCCGGACGGAAUCGAGGCGUAGCGGCUUUUCAAUUCGAAGACUGAUCAGAGUCGUAGCAGCAACGGGCUUUCUGGCGACUGGAUAUUACCAUUGGCAAUACAAAGGGUCACCUCGAAGAUCUCCAUCUUGGGCUGAAUCUGGGGACUAUCAAAUCGGCGAAGAGAGUGAGCAUGUCCGCAGUGGUCAGGACGACCUCCAACAGUGCGCCAUCGAGAACCUUCUAGGCACAGGUCUUCCAUUCUUAAAGAAUGUAUUUCCUAUUGCGUUACCCGAUUACGAGGAGCGACGAGAUAGAUUGGCAGCGGCUUUGGUGGCGGAGGAUGUAGAUGCCUUCGUCAUGGAACCCGGAUACACGUUCCAAUACUAUGGAAACGUGAGCCAACCGGAUUGGGAGGUAUGGGAGCCCGAAGAGCGCCCGUUUCUCAUGGUUGUGCGCCCUGUGCUGGACCAUACCACGAAUCAAAUCAAGGCCAACACAACUUUUCUCUGCCCGUCCUUCGAGGCAGAGCGAGCUCGUCUCUUGGGAAUGCCAUUUGCCGAGCCAAUCCAGAUCGUUCUGUGGGAGGAGCACUGGGACCCUUACGGGACCCUUAAGCACUCGGAUGUCUUCAUGGAUCUCACACGGUCCCCACGGUUGAUGGUAGACGAGGAAAUGCGAGAUUUUGUCCAGCGAGGACUUGGAACGGUCGGAUUUGACGUGGUGGGUCUGCGAGGCCAGGUUGAAGAGGUCCGACAGAUAAAAACGAAAAAGGAAGUCGAGAUUCUCCGCGCCGUCAACACAGGGACCGUUGAAGCAGUGCGACAAAUGAGAAAAUUUUACCAAGGCCUUUAUGCAGGAUUGACUGAAAGUGAAAUUGCGUCUGUUCUCGACAAUGCCUUGAGGGCGGCGGGAAUGGAGCCUUUCUUUGAUAUUGUGCUUUUUGACGAGAAUGCCUCAAAUCCCCACGGCGGCACUAAUGGAUCGAAGGUUCUUGAGUCCGAGACGUUUAUUUUGAUCGAUGUCGGAGCACAUCUAUACGGAUAUUCGUCGGAUAUUUGUCGAACCUUUUUCCCACCAUUUCUUGAUAAGCCAUCAAGGAACGAGGCUUUCUCGGAGAGAUUAGCAGAGAAACUGAAAGUCUGGGAUAUUGUAUUUGAUGCCCAAACGCAGUCUCUCCAUCAGUUACGUGAGAACCACACUGCGGCAAGCGUUGACAUUGCCGCUCGUGAAAUAAUUGUAAAUUCUGGCUACGAUGGGACAUUUACACAUCGCGUCGGUCAUGGAAUCGGAAUUAAGGCUCAUGAAAGUCCUUAUCUAAACAAGGGAAACCACGAAACCUUUCUCAAGACCGGUAUGGCUUUCACCUCAGAACCUGGAAUUUACCUGGUAGACAAAUUUGGUGUUCGGCAUGAAGACGUGCUUUUGGUUCAAGGGGACGAAGAGCCUCAGCUAUUGUCAGGAAGGCGAGCGAUGGGACCAUGGGAUCCUUGA